AUGAAGCCGGUGUUGGGAGGGGCAACAACGGAAACACCGCUCAAAUUCCAGUUUUCCCGUGGGAUCGAUCCACGUCGAACGGACCGGAAACGUCGUGACGCGCCGUCAAGGAACAAGUCCGGGUGGAAGAUCGAGACGUUGUUGAUCGAGACAUUGUUGAUCUCAAAGCCAAGCUCGCACUUGCUCAAGCUUCUCGCCAUGGCCAAGGUUAUCGUCGACUCGGAGUACCUGAAGGAGAUCGAGCGAGCUCGCCGCGAGCUUCGCGCUCUCAUCGCCAACAAAAACUGUGCUCCAAUUAUGCUGCGUUUGGCAUGGCAUGACGCGGGGACUUAUGAUGUGAACACGAAGACUGGCGGUCCGAAUGGUUCGAUUCGAAAUGAAGAGGAGUGCGCUCACGGAGCUAACAGUGGCUUGAAAAUCGCAAUCGAUUUCUGUGAACAAGUGAAGUCUAAAUGCCCAAGAAUUACGUAUGCAGAUCUGUAUCAGCUUGCAGGCGUUGUUGCCGUUGAAGUCACUGGCGGCCCAACAAUUGAUUUUGUUCCUGGUAGAAAGGAUUCAAAGAUUUCUCCAAAGGAAGGGCGGCUUCCAAAUGCUACUAAAGGCGUGCCACACCUUCGGGAGGUGUUCUAUCGUAUGGGCUUGUCUGAUAAAGAUAUAGUGGCACUGUCUGGUGGCCACACCCUGGGAAGGGCACAUCCUGAGAGAUCUGGCUUUGAUGGCCCUUGGACUGCAGAGCCACUGAAGUUCGAUAAUUCAUACUUCAAGGAAUUGCUUAAGGGGGAAUCUGAGGGCUUGCUAAAACUUCCAACUGAUGUUGCGUUGUUGGAUGAUCCUGAGUUUAGACGUUAUGUUGAGCUUUAUGCUAAGGAUGAAGAUGCUUUCUUCAAAGACUAUGCCGAAUCGCACAAAAAACUUUCCGAAUUAGGGUUUGCCUCGACCCAAUCUGGUGCAAAGGCAUUCGUGAAAGACGGCACCAUAUUGGCUCAAAGUGCCGUUGGAAUUGCAGUUGCUGCUACAGUUGUGAUCUUGAGUUAUUUUUAUGAAAUCCGGAAGAAGAUGAAUUAA